GACCGUGCGUCCGUACGACCGCCACGUGUUCCUCUGCUAUGGGUCCCCUGACACGUGGCAGUCCGCUGCGGAGUCCUCUGACGGGAUGCCGAGGCUCCUCUCAUCGGCGAUCACCGCGAGAAAGGGGAACAUGAAGAGAAAGACAAAAUUGACAAUGUGCAAAGGAGAGGAUAAUGAUGAAUAUUGUUCAAGCGGAGAAUCUGCGGAUGUACUGAUUUUCCCAGAUAUGAUCAGAUACAGGCAAUUGAGAUGCUCUGAUGUCGAUAGUUUCGUUGAAGAUGUUCUGGUGAGAGAGGCACAGUGGUCGUCUGGAUCAGCCGAGGGAAUGAUGGAAUCAUCACAUAUUUUCAUAUGUGCCCAUGGGAAUAGAGAUCGGAGAUGUGGUGUUUGCGGGCCUGUUCUUGUUAGCAAGUUUCAAGAAGUCAUGUCACCCAAAUUUCAAGGGCAAGUUUGUGUUAAACCAUGCUCACACGUUGGGGGCCACAAAUAUGCCGGGAACGUUAUUGUUUUUAAUCGAGAUGUAAAUGGAGAAGUGAGUGGCCACUGGUAUGGAUAUGUUGCUCCGGAAGAUGCACCUUUGCUUGUUGAGGAACAUAUUGGUAAAGGCAAUAUUGUAGAUCGCCUUUGGAGGGGGCAGAUGGGAUUGUCACCAGAAGACCAGAGGAAAGCUCAGAACCUCAGGCUGACAACAUUU